CCUGACUUGACUGCAUUUCUGGCGAUUUAAUUAAUUCCAUUCUCGCAAUUAAUUAAUCGAACCGUGUCCUACCUGAAGAUUAUUUUCUUGCGUCGUAACGGGAAGAAGAUGGAACAAGGUAACAAUUCUGAGGCGAAUGGUUGGGAGGAUUUGCAAGUCGUUGUGGGACUCAUGGCGCAAAAUAAAACGAUUGAACUUCCGUCCACGGUGGUGCUUAUAUAACGCUUACACGGGGGAGGAAAAUCCUACCCCGUCGACAUCGAGUAACAAUCAACCCGACGUGAAUAUGGAUACUAAUGAGGAACAGAGUGACAAAGAAAUCGUGAAAGAUGCUGCUGCUGACAAGGUCCACCAUUGCGCCUUGUGCCACCUCGAAAUAUCUGGCCAGGCGGUCCAUCGCUGUGGAAAAUGUCGUCGUCGUGUCUACUGCGGGAAGGAAUGUCAAGUUUUGGAUUGGUCUUGCAAAGUUCGUGGAAAAGGUCAAGGGCACAAGAACUGGUGCGGCAUUUCGUAUGGCGAAGAAGACGAGGACUGGUGUGUCGCUCCCGUGCCGGGAAAAGGUCUCGGAAUCGUGGCGAUGCGCUCUCUCGUAGCUAAAGAGAGAAUCCUUGUCGUGGAGAAUCGUACAAUCGCAGAGAUAUUUAGCAGCUCUGUCUCCACCAAUCCGAACGCCAAGUCGGACAUUGUCAGUUCAUUAGGCCGACUAAGCCUGAUCAACCAUGCCUGUGAGUGCAAUUCUAGCCGGUUUCCGGUCGAGGAAAAAGCGGCCGUCGUUCUCCACGCUCACCGAGAUAUCGUCGCCGGUGAAGAGAUUACUGUCAGCUAUUCUGCCUUCAACGAGACGAGCUGCACCGCAAGCUCGGAAUCUGCCCAAGAGUCGAGAGAAUAUUUGCAGUCGACAUACAACAUCAUUUGCCCAGCAGACUGUUUCUGUCAAGACGACAAUCUCAACGGAUUAAUCGACGAGGGAAAGAGGAUUGAUCGAUCCCUGAAAACUCCGGAGGUGCUUUCCAAGGAAUCUGUUAACCGGAAGCUGCGUCAAGUUGAGACACUGUUGUCGAUCCAGACCCAAGUCAAGGCGUCAUUGAUGGCUAGACUUGGCACUCUAAAGCUGGGAUUCUGCUUGGGAGUAAUGCAGUCGUCCACGCUCCCCCUGGCGAUGCAGUAUUUGACCGAAGCGAAGGAGUUAGUGGAAAAUAUUUCGCAUCCGACAGGGGCCACGGUUCGAGGGUAUGAACAACUUUUGGGGAAUGUGGCGUCUCACCCGGAGUAUUUGAAGUUUGAUUGAAUCAGGAAUUUUAUAUUUUUAUGUGGGGGUAAA